AUGGUCGAUCAAAUGGAUGGGCGACUCUUGGAUGAUACCGCGCCGCAGUUCAAGCCACCACUCCCAAAUUUGCGGGCACUAGCUGCCGACGGCGCGUACUUUCCCCAGGCAUAUUCAUCAUCUCCCCAGUGUGUUCCCGCCCGAUCUUCAAUGUUGGUCGGGCGCUACCCCUCGCAGAUCAAGGUUUGGGACAACUGGGUUGGAAUUGCCAGCGUGAAUGGUAGCCUGGACGACAUCGAUUCGCACUGUGCCAAGACCUUUUCGGGGGAGACGUGUCGCAGAUUUGCCCUUGAGCAGAAGGUGAAGGGCACUUUCGUUGAUGCGUUAGCUACAUCGGGAUACAAUGUCACUCUCUGGGGCAAGAUGCACGCAGGCGCAGGGCUUCAGCGCUACUCGGGCAAGAUCGACGCUUGGCCUUGGGGUGGGAAGCGGCUUCCGAAGGCAGCCAUGGAAUGGACCAGGGCCCUUGGCCUUACACCCACCCAAAACAUACCAGGCCUCCCGACAGAGGAUGAUCUGCAAAGGCCGGCCACGGGGCCCCUUGACUAUGCAGCUAGCCGAAGCUGCACAGAGCUCCUCGAUGCCGGUCUCUUCAAGUCCUCCACACCCCAAUUUCUCUAUUGUUCACUCCUAGUGCCUCACAGUCCCUUCUGGACCAAUGCGACGUACCUGGCUCAGGUGCCUGACCUGGGGAACUACAGCUUGCCCAAGUGGCCUCCCAAGAUGGAGGUGCACCCGGCAGAUGAAUAUACCUCCAAAGCCAAAAAGCUUUGGCGCAUGGAUGAGGCUUCACCUGAAAAGGUGGCGCACCUCCGAAAGGUUUACUUCUCCAUGUGCAUAGAGGCAGAUCAGCUCCUUGGAAGCAUCAUUGACGCCUUCCGACGCAGCAGCAGCUUUGAUGAUGCUUACGUCAUAAUGCUUGGAGACCAUGGCGAGCACGCAACGGAGAAUCGCAUGCUGGGCAAGAAUUCCUUUUUCGAGGCAGCAGCACGGGUGCCACUCAUGAUUGCGGGUCCAGGAAUUGCAAAGGGGCAGGAUAUCUUUCCAACUGUGUUGGAUAUGGCUGGCGUCGAGUCAUCGAUUCAGCCGGUGGGGGAGUCCCUCCUGCCCGUGGCUAAAGAACAUCGGAAGAAGAAGGCAGAUUUCGUUGUGGCCGAGUACCACUCUGUGUUUUCCGCUACAGGCAGCUUCAUGAUCCGCCAAGGCGGCACAGCGACGCCUCCUCAGGAGGUGGAUGGCAACGGCGGCGAUGGUGCUCCUCGGGAUGGGGCGCAAGCUAGUGACGGAUGGGGAGGCGCUCGUCCGUGGACAUCUUGGGAUGCCCGAACUUCAGCAGAGCAGUAUGGGUCGGCAGGCCCUCAGUGGAGCAGUAGCGCUUGGGAGAAUGCUUGGUGGCAAGGCCAAUGGGAGAGACAGCCUGCGAGUAGCUGGGAUGAAGGCUACUAUGGUAGGAGGUCCAACUGGCCAGGCUAUCGAUGGAAUGACAGCGACCGCACCUACUGGUCGGGAUGGAACGCCAGCGCGAACCAAUCUGCAGAUCAAGGCGGGCGGAGGGCUUCAAUGCAGUCCACAACGGUUACUGAGGAGUUCUCAGCAGAUGUUUCAGAAGAAGUGAAGGAAGCAAGCGAUGCAGGGAGUCAGGCUAAGAACUCCCCGAAGACGGGCAAAGAUCAUGUACCUGAGUAUGAUGGCAAAACCCCGAUGCGAGAUUAUGAACGCAGAGUUCGCUUGUUUGAGAGUGCCACAGGGAUUGACCCCAGCUAUCGUGCUCAGAAGCUGAUGGAGAGGCUGACCGGCCAUGCUUGGACCGCGACCGAGGGCAUCGAUCUACAGGAGCUCAAGCAUGAGGAUGGAGUUAAGCGGCUUCUAAGUCACCUGUACCAGGAGUUGGAGCCCCUCGAGCACUUGAGAGUCUUCUCGACGCUGACCGAGUUCUACCGUGGCUUCAAGAGGACAUCGGGCCAAGAGUUUAUUGCCUACGACAUGGAGUUUCGCACCCACUUGAAGCGCCUGGAGGAGAUUGGUGCGAAGAUCGAUGGCUUGAACAAGGCCUAUUGGUUCUUGGAGAAGGCAAGCUUGUCAGACGAGUUGAGGAAGCAAGUGAUUUCGGCUGCCGGCGGUGAAUAUGAUUACAGUCGAUUGAGGAAAGCCCUGAUGGCGAUCGUCCCGAAGGUGAAGCGGGACGAGGAAUCCUCGACGAGCCACACAAGGACUCCGUAUAGACAGUGGAAGACAAAGGGUGGAGCGAGACAAGUGAAUGCCACGACCGAGGAAAACCACGAGUCGGACCACGGAGAAGCCGAAGAUCACGAUGAGGCACAUCCCGAUGAGCUUGAAGGCGAAUUGGAAGUGCUUCUCACGCAGGCAGCUCGGAAACGUGCCGAAAUUGAACGGGCACGCGGGUUCUCACGAGGUGAAACCAGUGAGGCACGUGAAGAGAGGAUCCGCAGCAUGAAAGCCAAAAUGCCGUGCAGUGCGUGUAAGGCGCACGGCCUUACCGUCUACGGCCACUGGCACAGUGAUGCCGCCUGUCCUUACCGGACCAGUGGACAGGACAGUUCCAAACGGGAUGCCAAGAAAGACAAGCCUGUGCUCGCCGUGGUCGCCGAGGAGUUAAGCGACUCCGAUGAAGGUGAUGAACUGGCGGCCAUAUACCUCGCCACCACCGGCGAGACCGAUGACGAGCAUCAUGACGAUCCACAGGAGGUGUGCACUAACGUUGUUAUGCAGACUGGACAGGAACCUGAUCGGGAUAAUCUUGCUCUCAGCGACACAUGUUGCGCCAGGACGGUGGCCGGGAUCAAAUGGAUGCAGCGACAUUUGAAGCUCCUCCGGAAGCACGGGGAAGACGUGCAUAUCGUCGACGAGGCCAGGCCUUUCCGAUUCGGGGGAGGACCCAGGAUUAUGUCAUCAUAUGCGGUGAUUAUGCCGUUACACCUGGCGGGAGCUUCUAAGACAGCACGGGUGAGAGUGAGUGUCGUCGACCAGGAAGUCCCAUUGUUGCUCAGCAAGUCGACUCUGAAGGGCCUAGGGAUGGUCAUGGACUUGGAAAAGGGUAAGAUCCUGUUUCGAGAGAUGAAAGCGGAAGUUCCACUCAGGGAGACGAAAGCUGGGCUCUGCGGCUUCCAGAUCAACACAAGGCCUUCUAGAACCAGGUGGGAGGUCCCUCCACGACAACUGGUAGAGGAUGACCACGAGAUCGUCAUAGGUGAAGCGGGCAGUGAUCAGGUAUGCAUGGCGGGCAAUCCAGUGGAGAACGACGGGCCCCACGACAAGGUUCGAGCCACAUAUCAGAAUGUUCAACGGUGUGAAGAUGAAGCCCGCAAACUUUAUCAUGCCCAAGACUAUUCCUUUGAAGCCAUAACACGAUUGGUCAGGAUGCUCCCUUUCCACACCUCGAAGCGGCAUCGCGCCAUCAACGGCGGCAAAGGCAAGGGAUAUGAAGCUUGGGUUGCCGGGAUAUACAGUCACGGAGCAUGGACCGGGGUGACUAAGAGAACAUUGCGGUAUCCGAAUGUUGUUCGCUAUGUGAACAUGUUCAUGAGAUCGCAUGCAGAUGGAGAGUGGUCAUCUUUCACCUUGAUGAAGAAUGUUUCGACUGAAGUUCAUGUGGAUCGUCACAAUGAUAAGCAGGCCCUCGCCACGACGGUCACCUUCGGUGAUUUUGAAGGAGGCCAGCUGUGGGUUGCGGAUGAAGAGGUUAGCGACUCCGAGUGCACGUGGAAGCAGGGGAAUCAGGGUGAAUGGAUACGUGGCCGGCUUUGUGACACUUAUCGUCGACCACUUCAGUUUGAUCCUCAUGUUCCACAUGCAACCCACGAUUGGAAGGGCGAGAGGUGGUGUUUGUCGUGUUACUCAGUGCGAACGGCGGCCCAGGUCGAUGACCAGAUGAGAAAAGCAAUGAAGAAGAUGAAGUUUCCUCUUCCGAGGAAAGAAGUGACCAGGACCUUUGGGGAGCAGCAGGGUCACACAUACAUGUCAUCAAAUCACCCAGAGCCGCUUAGAGAUGCUGAUGAUGUGGAUGUGUGUGAUGAGCUCAAUGCAACUCCGCAGCUGAAGGAGGACUAUGUCAUCGCAGUGUCCGGCCGGUGCAAGGUGAAGCCGGAAGAACUGAGGGCUCACACCCUCGAUCGGUUGAAGGAAUUGUGGGCGGUGGUCAAGCCGCCCCGGAAGGGAUCAUGCCUCCCAGCAGGGUGGCGCAAGAUGGACCUCGAGACUCUCAAGGAGGUCUACGCGAGCCAUGUCGUGGAAGACGUGGGUCGAAACCACGACAAUCACUGGGGCCGCUGGUCCCGGAGCCAGCUCAUCAUGGAGCUCGAAAUGUGGGCGGUGGAGGCCAAUGCUGCUUUGAAUCUCGAUCGGGACCUCGAGAUGGCAGAUCCGGGUCCCCUCUGCACCGUGUGCGGGAUACCGAUGGUGCAACGCAACAAUCGUCUGACUCACGAGCACUUUUGGGGAUGCAGGCGAUUCCCAGCAUGUCGCACCACGUUGCCGUACACCUACGACAAUCGUCCGACCAAGGAGGUGCAGAAGGAGUUGAGGGCGGCUGCGAUGGUCAAGAUCAAGGAGGAGAAGAACUUCCUGCCGAAGGAGAGGCCCAAGAAUCGCCGGAGCCCACCACAGGGCGGCGCGACAGCUUCGUCCGAUCACUCUUGGCACAAGACGGGCCCCGUGGACAUCGAGUCUUCCGACAACGACGAGCCCAACCAGCUGGUGAACACGAAUCUCACGGAAGAGGAAGUGGAGCUCGUGAUGGAGAUGCGGAAGAAGAAGGCCGGCAAUGUGAAGGGCAAGGGCGUGGCUAAGAGGCUCCUGGGAAACGCUCGGGCCAUAGUGGCUGGGGUGUUCAUCGCAACCGCUGCCCUGGCCGGUGCAGCGGCGGAGGCGGUACCAUAUGCUUCCCGGAUUCGGCCCGAUGUGGUUGAGGUCGGUAUGACCGAGACUCAUUUCCAGCAAUCUUUCUCUCGUUGGGGUUGGCGGUCACAACGGUGUGAGCACUUAGCGGGUGACCUGGCCCAAGCGGACAACCGGGAAGCUGUAAUGAACUGGGUUGACCAGGAGGGCGUGUCUGAGCUCAGAUGGAAUGAGAAAAAUAUUCUGCGUGCUCUCAAACAGUGGAACGUCGUCUAUGCGCAAGGGGAUGAGAUGAGCGAUGAUGACGGUGAUGAAGAGAUGAUCCCCGAUCCGCAGGAGCCUAGAAGUGAACAGGCGGAAGCGGCUGGGGAAGAACAGGCACGCGGAUCUCAGGAGCCUAAUCAGAGAGUGCGUCCGAAGCUUGCUUCGGGUGGGAUCACGUUUGAGGUUCCAGCUGGAAGGCGCCUCAGUGAGGCGAUACGCCACGGGCUGAUCAAAGCUCAUUGUAACUUGGGACACCCUAGCAAAGAAGACCUCGCGAGAUUCCUGAAGUUAGGUGGCGCACGCAAAGAAGUUGUCGAAGCGGUCAAUUGGAUGAAGUGUGUUACAUGUGCUCAUGCUAGGCGUCCCAGUACACACCGCACCACGAAUAUGCCCCCAUGCCAGCUGGAGUUUGGAGACGAGGUCCAGUUGGAUUGUCUGUGCAUCAGGGAUGCCAACAAGGAGAAUUUCUGGUUUCUGUCCAUUCUUGAUCGAGCCACGUCAUACCAUGUUUUGGAAAUGUUGCGGGAUCAUUCUCCUUUAGAACUUCAUCGAGCUUUCGAUAGGGGCUGGAGCAAGUGGGCAGGUGUUCCUUCGCGUGUGACUACCGAUCUUGAAGGAGGCUUCAUUGGACCUGAUUUCUGGACGAAAGUCUCACAGUCCGGCAGCAGUCUCGUUUCGAUAGCUGGCACCGCGCAUUUCCAGGCCGGCAAGAUAGAACGGCACAAUUCCACCAUAAAGGACAUGCUGUUUGCCACUAUCAGGCAGACGGCUACUGUUGGUCGAGAAGACAUGCGGAAGCUUGCCAGGGAAGUUGCGUGUGCCAAGAAUUCUCUUGUGAGAGAGCAUGGCUGGGCGCCAGUCGCUUUGGUGUUCGGAAGGGAACCUCGAGUCUUCGGUGAGAUGUAUCAUCAGGGCAAUCCUACGGCAUAUCAUCCUUCGGUAGGAGAGGCCGGCAGUGAUGUUGCCAGCCGAAUGAGGUUUCGGUACCAUGCCAAGAUGGAGUUUGUUCGAAGCCAGGCGAGACAGAUGCUUCUCCGAACUGCCCACAAUAGGACUCGUAGGUUGCCAAUCCCGAAAAUAGGACAGAUGGUGUUCUUCUGGCGAGCUGAGAAGAGUAAGAAAGGUGACAGUCAGAGUAAGUGGGUCGGUCCGGGUUAUGUGGUUGGGCUUCAGGAUGGCAAUGCUUGGGUCGCGGUAGGCGGAAGGUGUUUUCUGGUGGCGGGAGAACAUCUUCGGGAAGCCGUUGGCGACGAAAAGCACUACGGGAAUCCUGAGGUUCAGAAGGCCAUUGCUUUGUUUAGAAAGGUUCCUAAAGAGGCUACGUAUGAGGACCUUGUCGGCCAACCAGAUCCCGAGGGAGAGCCUAUGGACCUUGAACAGCAGCCAUUGUGUCAGGAGGUUGCAGACGAACUCAUGACAGAUGAGAGAAGCCUGGACACCGAUGGUUUGAGUGACGAACAUGCCCAGAUGUCAGGACAGGUUGGAUGGCACGUUGAUAGCAGCGGCAGUCCGGUGUUGGUUUCAUACAAGGCUUGGGCGUUCAGGACUCCCGAGCCAAGGUAUCCAGGUGAGCGUUUUCCGUUUCGCACGUCAUGGGUUCAUGUGAAUGGCCAUUGGGAGUGUGUGGAGAAUGAAGUGAAAUGGAUGGAGCUCGAGGAUCAACAUCAGUUCAUUCCUCAGGCUCCUGUAGCUGGCCUGAUCACGAUCUUCCGAAACCGCACUCGAAAGGAUGUGGUUCUUGACGACGUGCCACUGAGCGUCAAGCGAAGGAAACAGCAGUCCCCUCCUCAACAGGUACAUGUCGCGAAUGCGGGUAGCCAGAGUAAGACGAAACUCAAGCGCAUGCUUGAGAAGGAGAUUCCGUAUGCCAACAUUCCUGAAAAAGAUCGAGAGCUGUACAGACAGGCAGAAGAGAAGGAAUGGAAAUCGUGGCAGGACUACGAGAGUUGCGAAAUAUUGAGUCUUGAAGAGAGUCAGCGCAUUGAGAAUGAGAGACCGGAUAGGAUCCUUCCCAGCCGUUAUGUGUUUCGCAACAAGAAUGCCGGGUUGCUUGACGCUAGCGGAAAAGAGUUACCUGUCAAAGCAAAGGCUCGGCUGUGCUUGCAGGGACAUUUGUGUCCAGACAGCCGGACAGGACAAGUCCAGGUUGACAGCCCCACCAUUGAGCGAGUAUCUACCAUGGUGUUCCUUCACAUGGUUACGAGCCUAGGCUGGACAGGUGAGUGGUUCAUCGGUGACAUCUCGAACGCUUUUCUUCAGGGAGCUCCUCUGUCAGGGAAACCAGACAUGUACAUGAGACAGCCUAAACAGGGUUUGAGCGGAAUGAAUCCAGGGCAAAUUCUUAAACUACUCAAACCUGUCUACGGCAGACCGGACGCUCCACGAGCUUGGUACAACGAGCUCGCCAGGAUCCUUGAAGAAGAGAUGGGGUUCAGUAAGUGCAAGACUGAUCCCGCGACGUUUGCUUUGCGAGACCAGCAAGGAAAUCUUCAAGGGUUGAUGGUGGUGCACGUUGACGAUGUGAUGUUUUGCCACAAUGGAGGCGAGGCUGGGAGGCAGGUUGAAAAGAAGUUGACGGAUCGUUUUCCUUUCGGGACCUGGAUGAAGGUCAGUGAGCAGAAGAGUGGAGUGACGUACUGUGGUAAAGAGAUCAAGGUCAUCGAGAAAGAUGGUGAAACGUGUGUCACAUUAGCUCAGAAUGCUUUCAUUGAUGGUCGCCUUCAGACAACGAAGAUUGAUCCGUCGCGACUUCGUGAGCCAGAUGCCCGGGCCAAUUCGACUGAGGUGACUGAUUACAGGUCAAUCACGGGAAGUCUGCAGUGGCUAGCAGUUCAGUCGAGGCCGGACAUUGCUUUCGAAUGCAACCAGCUCCAGAAGAGGAUAUCGGAUCUUCGAGUCUCCGAUCUGAUCAGGGCCAACAAGGCCGUUCGGGAGGUGUCACGACAUAGGACUGAAAUCCUCUUCAGGCCAUUGGGGCAUGAUGCUGAGCUUGUGACUUAUCAUGACGCGGGUCUCUAUAGUAGCGUCGGCGUUGAGAUUGACGAGAAACAGAGCGAAGAUAUACUUCAGAGUCAUACUGAGAAACGAUUGAUCUAUUCUCAAAAGGGUGCCUGUAUUGGUUUCGUGAAGAAAGGAGCCAUUGAGCAAGAGGGUAGAGUUCAUCUGAAUCUCAUCGACUGGAAGAGCGCUACCAAUCGUCGCGUCAUUGAGUCCUCGUUCGCUGCCGAGACCCAUGCUGCUAUCAUGGGACACAACAUGUCGCGAUUUGCCCAAGUCCUGUUGUGUGAAUUGAAGUAUGGGUCAAGAGUGAUGUCCGCUGUCGAAGAUGAUGGAUGGCAGCAACUGGUUCCGCUUACCAUGGUCACCGACUGUAAGAGUAUCUACGAUACUAUUCACAAAGAUGGCCAACACGUCGGGGAGAAAGGAAAUAUUGUGCACGCCGUGCUGCUUCGCCAGAAGUCUCCGUCGGAUGUCAACAGGCUCAUGGAGCUGCUCGACCAAGAGCUUGACAUGCAAGCGGCAGAUGCGGCCAAGAAGAUGUUUGAUAAAGAGAUGUUCUCGCAAUUCUGGUACCAUGCAACAGGUGGAGCGCAGCAUUGCUUCGAAGCCAUGCGCAGAGUCUACGCGUCUUUCUCGGCAGCUGAUGCCCAGAAGUUGGCGCAAUGGCUCGGGAAGCCUUGCCCAGUGACUGAGAUUCUGGUUUGA